CGACCUUGUUGUCUGAUGACUCUAGCACACAAAGUCAUGUAGUGUCUCGUCUUCUGCUUGAAGACCUUUUCUUCAAGCCAGACCACCAAUCCAUUCUACCUCCGAGGUUGCUCCUUGCAAAGAUCGAGUACUGCAUCCGUGGGAAUUUCCGUCCGUCCUGUACAGCUUUGGUUACACGUACCGAAAAUGGAUGACCCAGCAGAUCUCGGCUUCGACUAUAAGCCAGACCUCCCGGUCCCGAUCUCGCAGGUCGGUGGAAGAUAUCUGCUCUUCGAUAUCAAGGUCGCCAGCUUUCUCCGAAGGGAGUAUCGAAUAUGCGGCACGCAGACCGGAACCUUACCUCUGGCGCCGUCGCAGAAUUUGUUCCUCGGCUUACCGAUAGAGAUCAUGCCCGAGGAAGCUCAACUGCUCGUCGAAAAGGGCGUGGCCGUCGUCGUCGACGAUGCGCGAGCCCACGAUCAGGCCGUCCUGCGUUCUCCCGACAGCAUCAGACGUGCGGACUACCUUGCAAACGUCGAAAAGCAAGCCCGGCGAUUCGAGCUACUCAGUACCCAGGAAAAGGAGCAGAGUCGACGGCGGGCAUUGGAGAAACGAGCCAGAGCAACCACCGCCUGCCUGGCCUCGACGGAGCCGCCUUCGACUCCACGCCAAGGUGAAGCUGCUGCUCCCGGUUUGUUGGAUUUCGCCGAAGGGGAAAAAGAGGAAGCGGCCUCUGACACACCAGCAAGGGAGAGCUCUGUGCGUGACGAACCAGUCUCAUCGCAGAUGGAGCCAGCGGUGAACUCCUCAACAAGUCACUACCACAUCACCCCCGCCACGUCUCAACACCUGGUCCCCGGGUCCGUGGGUGCGACACCCAAGUCGACGGUCCAAGGCCUGCCGGCUUCGUAUCCCAUGUAUAGACAUUUGCACGAAAAGGGCUACUUCAUGACCCCCGGGCUCCGGUUCGGAUGUCAGUACAACGUCUACCCGGGCGACCAGCUGCGGUUCCAUUCUCACUUCCUGGCGUCCGGCUUCGAAUGGGACAGGCGGAUCGACCUCAUGGAUGUCGUUGGCGGAGGCCGACUGGGGACGGGUGUUAAAAAGGGCUUCCUGAUCGGCGGUGCAGACCCUGCGGGUCAGGUCAGGACGUUCAGCGUCGAAUGGGCUGCCAUGUGAUUUUUGCAAGCUACUUUCAUAUCAGAUAAUGAUUCUUGACUGCCAGUCUUAUGCUGGCUGACGCAAUCUUAACAUGGUCG